AUCUACUCAAAUAUUGCAUGUCCCUUUUAAUAUCCCACUAUAUAUAGUGCUUGCCUAAAUCAAUUGCCUACCGCCAUAAGUCAUAUGAAUUAUAUAAACUUCCUCUAACAAAAUCAUCAUAGAAAUCAAUCAGCUCAAAAUGCGUACAACAAUUCUCCAUGUCACAAUAUGCCUACUUCUCUUAGCUUCGAUCAAUUGUUGGGCACAUAGCUUUGGUGGUGAAGGUGGAAGACGAAGGAUGAUGGGCUCGUCGGAGCCUAGUGGCGCUUCGGAGACUCCCACCGGAGGUAGCGGGGAAGCCCACGCCCCGAGCUGGGACUACAGCUGGGGGUGGGGCUCCACCCCGACAUCCGGGUGGGGCUACGGAUCGGGCUCGGGCAAGUCUCCUAACGGUUUUGCGAGGGGGUCCGGUUUCGGGUUUGGGUCGGGGUCUGGCUCGGGCUCCGGAUAUGGUUAUGGUUCGGGUAGCGGUGGCGCUCAUGGAGGCGGUCACGGGAGUGGCAACGGGAACGAAGGCAGCGACGGCGAUGCAGGCAAUAACAAGCAUGGUUGAAUAUGGACUUGUAGUAUAAGUAAAGUGUAUUAUGUAGUGUGACAAGUAGAGCAUGCGUGAUGCUUUUAUAGGACUUG